GGAGCUCCUGGAGUGACAGUCCCUACAAAAACUAAUGACAAAAUACAGGCUUGUGGUGGUGGGUGCUGGAGGUGUGGGAAAGAGUGCCCUGACCAUCCAGCUGAUCCAGAAUCGUUUUGUGGAUGAAUAUGACCCCACCAUAGAGGACUUGCAUCGAAAACAGGUGGUCAUUGAUGGGGAAACAUGUCUGCUGGACAUCCUAGACACAGCGGGUUGGGAGGAAUGUGGUGCCGUGAGGGACCAAUGCAUCCACACAGGGGAGGGUUUCCUCUGUGUAUUUGCCAUCAACAGCACCAAGUCCUUUAACAACAUCCAUCAGUACAGGGAGCACAUCAAAUGGAUAAAAAACUUGGAUGAUGUGCCAAUGGUGCUGGUGGGGAACAAGUGUGACCUGGCUGCUCGUACUGUUAAGUCUUGGCAGGCCCAGGACCUUGCCUGCAGUUAUGGCAUCCCCUAUAUCGAAACCUCAGCCAGGACCCGGCAGGGUGUAGAGGAUGCCUUCUACACACUUGUCCGUGAGAUUCGGCAACACAAAUUACGGGAGCUAAACCCUCCUGAUAGGAGCGGCCCUGGCUACAUGAGCUGCAAGUGUGUGCUAUUGUGA